AUGUUCCUGAGACCUCGUUAUUCCUCAGAUCUGAUAGGCUCGAGCCAUCCUCAUGCCUCUCCCUCCGCUCCGGCCCCGCAGACAACUGUGCCUUCAGAAUCUUCUCUGUUUGUCCCUGCACUGUUGGCACGGCAACACUGUGCUCUGGUGCAGCCUCCGGAGAGAGCGCUGAAGACCUCCGCACACCCAUCACCACCCCAACCCCAGCUCUUGCCAAUGGCUCAUUUCAUGAAACACAGCAGGCGACCAGUGAUCUACAGCCUCGACUUGAGGGAGCUCAAGAAGGUGGUGACGGCCCUGAGUAAAGCAGCCACCCAUUUCAACAAAAAAGAAUUGGAGUGUCUUGUAAAAGUUUUUUAUUCAUUUAUGGAAAAGGGACAAAAACGAAGUCUCUACGAGGGCCUGGAUCGCAGUGAGUUUAGAAAUGUCCUGCAUGGCGUUUUUGGAAUGACUGAUGACCUGCUUAUGAACAGGGUGUUUGGGGCUUUUGACAAAGAUGGUGACAAUCGCAUUAGUGCAGCUGAGUGGGUCGAAGGAUUAUCUGUGUUUCUCCGUGGAUCUUUUGAAGAAAAAUUGAAAUACUGUUACCAAGUUUAUUACGUGAAUGGGGACGGAUAUAUUUCCCAGGAUGAAAUGUUUGACAUGCUGAAGAACAGUCUCCUCAAACAUCCAGUGGAAGAAGAUCCUGUUGAAGGAAUAAAAGAAUUGGUAGAAAUAACACUGAAGAAAAUGGAUUAUGAUAAUGAUGGGAAACUAUCUUUUGAAGACUUUGAACAAGCAGUAAAGAAAGACCGCCUUUUGUUAGAGGUGUUUGGCCCAUGUUUACCAGAAACUGAGAAGUGUCUUGAAUUUGAAACCCUGGCGUUCAAAGAAAUAAACAAUGAAUUUUCACUGUGAACAGCUGCUUUAAACAACAUCUACACUGUGAAUCAUAUUGGAAUUUCAUAUACAUGAAGCAGUGUGGUAUUUUAAGGCAGAAACAUAAUAAAUGUGAAAAUGGAGUUUCCACAUUUUAAAAACAGAUGCUAAAAUGACCAGGCUUUUUAAACCUCGGCAAAAAUAAAAAAAGAUUCUGAUUUUAAA